AUGACAUGUGAGAACAUAUGCUGCGAGGAAUCGAGAGGAAUCCGAGGACCGAGAGCGUUGUCGACCUCGCUUCCCCCGUCCGUCGAUAUCUCGCAUCCACCGUCCGUCGCACCAGCUCCCCCCGCCCAUCGCCCUUGCUUCCCCCGCCAUCGCCCUCACUUCUCCCUCCCGUCGCCCUCGCUUCCCCCUCCCGUCGACCUCCCAUCCCCCUCCCGUCCCCCGCCCAUCGCUCUCCUGUCCCCCUCCCAUUACCCUCCCGUCGCCCUCCCAUCCCUUUCCCAUCCCCUUCCCAUCCCCCUCCCAUCGCCCUCCCAUCCCCCUCCCAUCCCCCUCCUGUCCCCCUCCCAUCCCCAUCCCAUCCCCUCCCAUCCCCCUCCCAUCCCCCUCCCAUCCCCCUACCAUCCCCACUCCCAUCCCCCUCCCAUCACCCUCCCAUCCCCCUCCCAUCCCCCUCCCAUCCCCCUCCCAUCCCCCUCCCACCCCCCUCCCAUCCCCCUCCCACCCCCUUCCCACCCCCCUCCCAUCCCCCUCCCAUCCCCCUCCCAUCCCCCUCCCAUCCCCCCUCCCAUCCCCCUCCCAUCCCCCUCCCAUCCACCCUCCCGCCCUCCUCCCAUCGCCCUCCCACCCCCCACCCAUCCCCCUCCCAUCCCCCCUCCCAUCCCCCUCCCACCCCCCUCCCAUCCCCCUCCCAUCCCCCUCCCAUCCGCCUCCCACCCCCCUCCCAUCCCCCUCCCAUCCCCCCUCCCAUCCCCCUCCCAUCCCCCUCCCAUCCCCCUCCCGCCCCCCUCCCAUCCCCCUCCCAUCCCCCCUCCCGCCCCCCUCCCAUCCCCCUCCCAUCCACCCUCCCGCCCCCCUCCCAUCCCCCUCCCAUCCCCCUCCCAUCCCCCCUCCCAUCCCCCUCCCAUCCACCCUCCCGCCCCCCUCCCAUCCCCCCUCCCAUCCCCCCUCCCAUCCCCCUCCCAUCCCCCUCCCAUCCCCCUCCCAUCUCCCUCCCAUCCCCCUCCCAUCCCCCUCCCAUCCCCCUCCCAUCCCCCUCCCAUCCACCCUCCCGCCCCCCUCCCAUCCCCCCUCCCAUCCCCCUCCUGCACCCCUCCCGCCCCCCUAAAGGUGAACCGAAGUAAGGGGGAUUGA